UGUCUACUUUCUUUUUUGAGAGUGUUAAAUAUAAAAAUGUGAGGCUUCUCUUGUCUCAGUCUUUGAUUUCUUGUGUUCCUUUUACCUAAAUUAUGCUUUCAUCUGUAUUAUCUUGCCUUCUUUUGUCUUCUCACCUUUUCACUUUGCUGAGCAUCAAAGGGUAGGUAUAUUGACUUAAUUUGAAGGAUCAUUUCCAGUUCUUCAGAGAUUCUGUGCUUCUUCCUUCUGAACAGACAGUGUUGGUACAUAAAUAUUUUCAGGUUGAUUUUGUGAAUUUUUUUCCCAAUACUGUUAUAUGAAACAAAGUCCUUAGACCUAUGGUCAUACUAUCUCCUCCUUCCUUUGCCUUUCCAGGAAAACAUGAUCUGUCUUCAGUUUAGGUACAACUUUUUUUUUCUAGUUUUAUUUAUAACAAAAGUGUCAAAGUUGAUAUGAUUCAGCUUCCCCAGCAGUUUGUUCGUGUUAUUGCAUAACUAUCUCACAUUUACAAAAUCAUUCGUAAAAUCAAAUUUGUAAAUAGUUUGACAACAAUGUGAUUGUUAGUAUGUUUUGCUUUCUUUUCUUUCUUCCUCUGAUGGAAGAUUCAGAAACUGGCAGCUUAGGCCCGAGGACCAUGUAAAAUUUUCUUUUUCUUUUCUUUUUUUUUGAGGACCAUGUAAAAUUUUCUUUUUUUAAUUGAAAAAUUUAAUUGAAAUUUUCUUUUUGGUAUUCAUGGCUAGAAUAUUUCUUUUCAAGUGGCCACAAGGUAUUGGUAAUGAUGACCUUCCAUGUACUGAUCCUUCGAAAACAGAAUCAAUCUGUUUCAAGGGUCAUUCUUUGAAGCUUAGUAUGGUAGAACCUGCCAGACAUACUCUAGACACAACCUUUGAGGAACCAGGGUUACUUUAAUAUUUAUAGGUUGUUGGGUGGAGAAGUGGAUAGAGCACUCAGUCUUGAGCUAAGAAAAUCAGAGAUAAAAUCCAGCCUGAGACACUGGCUUUGUCAGCCUGGGCACAAAUCAAUUUCCUCAACUAUAAAAUAGAGUCAAUAAUAUUACCUACCUUGAAAGAUUGGGGGGAUCAGAUAAUAUUUGUAAGUGCUUAACACAGUGCUUAAUAAAUGCUUAUUCCUUCCCUCCCUCCCUGAUUCCAUGAUACAUUGGAAUAAGAAUUGUAGAAGAAAAUUGCACUUAAAUUUUUUAGUAACAUUGUCUCUUUUUGGGAAAUGAGCAUUAGUAGAAAUCCCAUUGUUUUUUACAGGUUAGUAAUUCAGUGAGGUUUCGCCGAACUGUCAAAAACAUCAGGGAAUGGAAAAAAGUGAACUUCAGAUUAUCCAGGAGUCUCUGCAAUGAUUUGAGGCUUGAUGCAGUCAGCACAAUGUCAUCUACAAAAAGGAGCAUUUGGAGGACCUCACCAUCCACAGGGAAUACCCCUACAACCUGGAUUCAGCGUUGGAGCUCUUUCAUCACAAUAAUGAAUACUUUUGGGCGCCAAUGCCUCGGCUUUAGAGAAAGAGAUUGGUCCAGAACAGUUUCCAGUCAAUGAACACUAUUUUGGAUUAGUCAAUUUUGGAAACACCUGCUACUGCAAUUCAGUUCUUCAAGCACUUUAUUUUUGCCGUCCAUUUCGAGAAAAAGUUCUAGCUUACAAGAGUCAACCUAGGAAGAAAGAGAAUCUUCUUACGUGCUUAGCAGAUCUCUUUCACAGUAUAGCCACUCAGAAGAAAAAGGUUGGAGUAAUACCUCCUAAGAAGUUCAUAACAAGGUUACGAAAAGAAAAUGAACUUUUUGACAACUACAUGCAGCAAGAUGCACAUGAGUUUUUGAAUUACCUACUAAAUACAAUUGCUGAUAUUUUACAAGAAGAGAGAAAGCAGGAAAAGCAGAAUGGUCGUCUACCUAAUGGCAAUAUUGACAGUGAAAAUAACAACAGCACACCAGACCCAACUUGGGUUCAUGAGAUCUUUCAGGGAACAUUAACUAAUGAAACCAGAUGUCUUACUUGUGAAACUAUAAGUAGCAAAGAUGAAGAUUUUUUAGACCUUUCUGUUGAUGUGGAACAAAACACAUCAAUUACUCACUGCUUAAGGGGUUUUAGCAACACAGAAACUCUAUGCAGUGAAUACAAAUAUUACUGCGAAGAAUGUCGCAGCAAACAGGAAGCACACAAAAGGAUGAAAGUAAAAAAACUGCCCAUGAUUUUGGCACUGCACUUGAAGAGAUUUAAAUAUAUGGAUCAGCUUCAUCGAUACACAAAACUUUCUUAUCGGGUAGUUUUUCCUUUAGAACUUCGACUAUUUAACACUUCAGGAGAUGCCACCAAUCCUGACAGAAUGUAUGACCUUGUUGCUGUUGUGGUUCACUGUGGAAGUGGUCCUAAUCGAGGCCAUUACAUUGCAAUUGUUAAGAGUCAUGAUUUUUGGUUAUUGUUUGAUGAUGACAUUGUAGAGAAAAUAGAUGCACAAGCUAUUGAAGAAUUCUACGGGUUGACAUCAGACAUCUCAAAGAACUCUGAGUCUGGUUACAUCCUCUUCUAUCAGUCUCGGGACUGAGUGGGAACUAUGGUGAAGAGAUAAUUUCUGCCUCAUUUCUUUGAUUAUUUUGGAAAGGAUCAAGCACUGAUUUUUCAAGAAAAGUGAAAUGCAGGGAGCUCAGGGGGCAGUAGCGCACUUUGCACACAACAAGCAAAGACUAUAGAUUAACAAGCCCUUCAUAUCAUGGUAGUUGAUUUAUUUGCUCAGGUAUCAUGCUGUCUGUACAGUUCCAUGCAAGAAUAAUUUGAAAUCAGAGAUACCAGCUUCUCUUGUCAGAGUAGCCUUCCCAUAAUUGACAUGCAUUUUUUCUUUGUUAUUUGCACCCAUAAAUUUGAAAGCCUUUGGGGUGCAGUAGAAAGGACAGGAACCUGUGCUAGAUUGUAUUGAUUAUUUAAAAAGAAGACACUGAAUACACUGCAUAAUUUAGUUUAUGUUCAGUUUAGAGAGCAUAUUCUGUGGUUUUCCAUUAACAAACCAGAAAUAUUCUUGGGCCCAACACUUGUAGUUGCCCUCCUGACAUGCUAGACUAACAUGAUGAACUCCAUUGUCAGGUAGGCAAGUAUAUUUUGCUUCUCUGAAGAAGCUUCUAAUAAUAUACAGUAUAUGUAUAUGUAGGGAACAAUUGGUCAAAGGUGGCUUUUUGCUUCCCCAAGGGGAAAGACUGGCUCUGUAAUUAUAGUUUAUUCUUAUUUAUUUGACUUAUUGUAUCUGCUAGAGUCUAAGUAUUGUAUGAAUUGUCAGUGAUUCUAUCAACAAGUUUUAAGGAUAACUUCUGUUAGCUUUAGUCAGUUAUACCCUUUUAAGUGUUUUAUUUUCUAUUUUGAAGGAUAAAUUUAAAUUCUAUUUAAAAUCAGUUAAGAUAUCUUAAGAAAAAUUCUAUGAGAGGAGGUAAAUUUUCUUUUCUAGGAGUAACUGGUAUCUCUGUCCAAAUAGUUUUUCCUUUAAUUUUAAUUUCUAAAUCAUCUAUUCUAUUCAACUUGGAUGAAAUUUUAAAAGCUCUGAAAUUUUCUUAAAAUUGUUGAAAUGAUAAAAGAAAUGUGUACCAUAAAGAGAUGCUGGUGCAGUGGUAAUAUAUUAUUCUUUAUAGUCCUUAAAUAUACUAACUGUUCACAUUGAGAAAGUGCUUGGAAAACCUGACAUUGCAUAUGAUAAUUUCAGAAUGUCAUUCCUCUCCUUGUGAAAUGAUCCACUCACUCUUAACUCUGGCAGCCUGGGUGAUUAGCUGAGUGUACACCCUUUCAAUAUGAAAUUUUCUUGAAUAGUCUAGGAAUCCAAAAAGAUAAAGCCAGCAUUUUUGCAUUUUGCAAAUAAUACUGGAAAGAAUUUUCAGAAAUUAAAUUUUUUGUUUGUAUAAGAUUUUUUGUUUUGGGUUAAAAAAUAAUUUUAGACACUAUUUAAAUCAUGGCAGCACCAGGUAAUAUAUGUGUAAAAUAUAUGUAAACUAUUGCAAUUGACACUUUUCCAUGCAUCAGUAUGUUGUCUGACAGUGGCUGAAUGUAAUUUAUGGAAAAAUAAUUGAAUAUAUAUUCCAAAUAAUAGCAAUCAGGCUUUGAAUGUUCUUUGUCACCCCUAUUCAGAGAGUAAUUUGUUUUUGCUUUACUGUAAUUUUCUAAAUUAUUUUAUUAAUAUUGUUAAAAUAGGGAAAAAAAAAGAAUGUUUUCUUCGCUGCUAUGAUUAGCAUUUACUUUUAGCUCAGGAAAAGACUUCACCUAUUCGUUCAGCUGAACAGAUCUUUAACAGGGUCACUUAACUAAUUGGGCUGUUUGAACAGAUGUGCAGGAAGAAAGUAGAGCUGUAUUAUAACAAAUUGCUUUUUAAGAUGGAAAGUUUCUAAAGCCUUACCUUGGCUAGAAUUUUUUGUACAAAUUGUACAUAGCCUGCCUAACCUACCAGCAUUGCAGAGAGAAUCAAAAAGAAAGAAAGGAAGAAAGAAAGGAAAACCAAGCAUGUGAGAGAAUGUCAUGAAAAAGGAAGUAAAUGAGAUUUUUAUUAUAAGGGCUUAUACCAAAUUAUCUUGGAAUUUAGGGCUGUGUUUCUACAGCUCUCUCUGUACAGGGGAAAGGAAGAAAGUGAAGGUCGAAUCAUCUUAUUUCAUGGGUCAAGCCACAGUAUGUGUCAGAAAGAAAGAAGUCCUUUGCAUAAUGUCAUGUUAGUUGCUAACUAGCAAAUGUUUGUUUUUGCAUUUGAAAUGUAUUAAAAGCCAAGGUUAUAUUUCAUACUUUAGUAAAUUACAACAUUUUUAUUGAGUUCAGCGAUAGUCACACAAAUUUUUUCUUAGUUUCUUCACAACAUCUACACUAUUUCAUAAAAUGAUUUGUUGGGGUAGGGGUUUGUGGGAGUGAUAGUUCUAAAUUUGCUUUUUACUUCUAAUGCAACUGAAAUUAAGUAAAAAGUUGAAGUUGAUGUCUGAAACUAUAGUUUAUUUUUUAAACUGUUGGAGCAGAGAAGGAAGGAAUAUAAUAUAUAGUAAGGAAGAAAAAUGACCAAUCUAGAAAGCAUUAUAAAGUUGUCUGGUUGAUUGUGAUUAAGAUAAGAAUGGGAAAGAUUGUCUUUAAGUUGUAAAUGGUGGCUGAUUGCUGUGUAACUAUGUAAAUGUUCAGUGGGAUAGCAGUCCCAUAUUUUGUAUAUUGGAGCAAAAAUUUCUAUAAAGUAUCUUCUUUAAAGGGUAAGUAUCCUAUAUAAAGUCCUACUCUUGAGUCAUACGGCUUCUGUCUUACAAAUCUUAUGUUCAGAAGAUGAUUAGAGACAGUUGCUGUGAGCCUUGGGAGACAGAGACACAGGAGCUGGGUGGACGAGGGCUUCGUUGCCUCUGGCCAUCAGCUUGUUUUUUAUGUCUUUGAUGGCAGCAGUACAAAGACCUCACUUUCAUAAUGUGCUACUCUUGAUACUUUGUUUAAUGACACUUUUUGUGAAAGACUUCAGGAGGCAAUUCAAAUAGAAUAUUGGUCUGGGAGCCGGGGAACAGAUUCUGAAUCGCCCCACUCUUCAGGAAAUUGACCGUGUGACCUUGGGCAAGUCACUUAACCUCUCUGUGCUUCUCUCUCCCUGUCUGUAAAGUGGGAGCAAUACCCACCCCUACUUACCUACCUCACAGGGUUGUUGUGGGGAUUAAUUAAAUAUAAUGUCUGUAAAACAUGUGAGCUCCUUGGAGAACAGCUCAGUAUAAAUACAAAAUAAUCUAUUAAAGUUGGUUUAUUUGUGC